UCCACGCGCCGCUCGAUGCUUGUCCGACACCGACUCACCCAGAAGCACUGUUGUUGUAAAGCCCUGGAAGCAUCAGUCAGUAGUGGUGAGGUCAGCCAGGGACCGCUGGUGCGAGAGUGGCCCCACGUCCCGCCGCGGUCUCGUGGAGAACUGACGCCGAGCGCGCCGCAAAGCAGCCCGUUCAGGGCUGUAGCGGAGAUUCUCAAGGCCGCUCGGUCACCUGUGUUCCAGAUCGCUUCCAAGUACGACCCCCAGGCCGAGGAGGACCUCCGCAGCUGGAUCGAAGAGGUGACCGGCCUGAGCAUCGGCCCCAACUUCCAGCUGGGCCUGAAGGACGGGAUCAUCCUCUGCGAGCUCAUCAACAAGCUGCAACCGGGCUCCGUGAAGAGGGUGAACGAGUCCUCGCUUAACUGGCCUCAGCUGGAAAAUAUCGGCAACUUCAUCAAAGCCAUCCAGGCGUACGGCAUGAAGCCCCACGACAUAUUCGAAGCCAACGACCUUUUCGAGAACGGAAACAUGACCCAGGUCCAGACGACGCUGGUGGCCCUGGCCGGCCUGGCCAAGACAAAGGGCUUCCACACCACCAUCGACAUUGGAGUGAAGUACGCGGAGAAACAGACGCGGCGUUUCGAUGAGGGGAAGCUGAAAGCCGGCCAGAGUGUGAUCGGUUUGCAGAUGGGAACCAACAAGUGCGCCAGCCAGGCGGGGAUGACCGCCUACGGGACCAGGAGGCACCUGUACGAUCCCAAAAUGCAAACCGACAAGCCUUUUGACCAGACCACCAUCAGCCUGCAGAUGGGCACCAACAAGGGGGCCAGCCAGGCCGGGAUGCUGGCGCCAGGUACCAGGAGAGACAUCUACGACCAGAAGCUCACCUUACAGCCCGUGGACAACUCGACCAUUUCCCUUCAGAUGGGCACCAACAAAGUCGCCUCCCAGAAAGGCAUGAGCGUGUACGGGCUCGGGCGGCAGGUCUACGAUCCCAAGUACUGUGCCGCUCCGACAGAACCUGUCAUUCACAACGGGAGCCAGGGCACCGGAACCAACGGGUCGGAGAUCAGCGACAGCGACUACCAGGCAGAAUACCCCGACGACUACCACGGCGAGUACCCGGACGACUACCCCCGCGAGUACCAGUACGGCGACCAGGGCAUCGAUUACUAGGCAGGGAGGAGCUCGGGGCUCACAGAGCCGCGGUUUCUGUUCGGCGAGAGCCGAGCUGGCCUUGAGUGAUUUUUACCUUGUCUUCCUAAAACACUAUCACGCUUAUUGUCCCUAAAAGAAAUACUGCCUUACGUGCGUACAUUCCUUUCCUGUCUCUGCCUCUCCCCUCAAUAGUUGCCUUUUGUGCCGUAACAGUUAAAUCCUGCAGCACAGCCAGUAACUCGAGCAUGAAGUAUGAGUAACACUGUGAAAGGGAGUCCUCGUGUCCAGCCAGCUCCCCUACGGGCUCUGCAGUCUCACAACCUUCUACUGAAACGAACGCGUCUUCAGACAACAGGAGGCUUUUUUUUUUUUUUUUUUACAGUUUAGUGUCUGGCUCCUACGUGGAAGACUAAACUCGUGCUUAUAGCUACAGGUGGCGUCCGCCAGCUGAACCGAAGAUGCAGCAUUUUAGACACUUACGUAUCGAUGUUCCUGCAGUAUUGUUUGCUAAUUUUUAAAUAAAGUCCUGAUCCGAGUGCAUUGGUGAUGCCGUGCCUUCUCAUUCUCGCCCGAGCCGGCGGGACCGUCUCCGCGCGGCGCCUCCCGAGGAGCGUGCGUGAGGGCGGCCUGCGGGCCCGCGGGCCUGGGUGGCGCGUGUGCCCUUCCGUCUGUGCCAAUGUACCAGUGUAGACGUGCUCUGUCUUCAACUGUAUUUAUUGCUGCAUUUCUCAGCAUAAACUUAUCCCAUUGUAUUUUUUAUAAAUAAAUAUUUUUUUUGAACAUU